AUGGCGUCUGCUGCACACGGAGAAGAGCUGAGCUGCUCCACCUGCCCGGACCUUUCUAUGAAACUGGCGACACUGAGAUGUGGGCACAGGUUCUGCCGGGACUGUCUUGUGACUGCUCUGGAUACACAGGAGGGGUCCGGAGUUUAUCCCUGUCCGGGGUGCAGAGAGGAGUAUGUGGAGUGUCCUGUGCCUGUGAAGAAGAUUAAGCUGAGUAACACUGUGGAAGACUCCCGAUCUAUGGAACAGGAGAACAGUGAGGUCUUCUGUACAUAUUGUGUGCAUUUUAGGGUGGCAGCUAUCAAGACUUGUCUGCAUUGUGAGACUUCUAUGUGUGAUAAACACCUGACAGCCCACAACAAGGCAGUGGACCAUGUGUUGGUAGAACCCACCUCAUCCUUCAGAAGAAAAAAAUGCUCCAUCCACGAGAAGCUUCUGGAGUAUUACUGCCCCGAGGACGCCAUCUGUCUAUGUGUGUCCUGCUGUCUGGUGGGAAAACAUAAAGGUCAUGAAGUAGAACUUAUAAAAGAGGCUUUGGAGAAGAAGAAGGAGAGACUGAGAAAUAUUUGUGAAAAAGUGACUGCAGUGAGAGGAGCGAUUGAAGGACAAAUCCAGAAUCUACAGGACCACAAGGGGAAAGCACAGGAGAAAGCCAACAAUGAGAAGAAGAGAGUCACUGUCCUGUACGAGGAUAUCAGGAGACAGCUGGAGGUCCAGGAACAGAGAGUCCUGAGUGAGAUCUCCAGACAGGAAGAAAAGGUCUCAUUGGCGGUCUCUGAACUGAUCCAGCAACUGGAGACCCAGAAAGACACUCUAUCCAGGAAGAUCCGUCACAUUGAGGAGAUGUGUAACAUAACCGACCCCAUAACUGUCCUACAAGAACCAGGAAUAGUAGACCAAGCUAUGGAGGAACCUAAGAUCUGUGACCUGGAUGAUUUCCUGAUCUCACUUACAUUGCACAGAUCCCUAACUGAUCUAAUCACCAACAUAAAAGCCAAAAAUGAAUUUCAUGUGGCAAAUGUGUUACUGGAUGAAAAAACUGCACACGAAUCAUUGGUUUUAUCCGCUGACCUGAAAAUGGCAUCAGUAUCUGAUCCAGAAGAGGAUCCACCAGAUCCAGAAGAGGAUACACCAGAUCCAGAAGAGGAUACACCAUAUUUAGAAGAGGAUACACCAUAUUUAGAAGAGGAUACACCAGAUCCAGAAGAGAGAUUUUACGAAUAUUGGCAGGUGAUGAGCAUUGAGAGUUUUUCCAGUGGGAGACAUUAUUGGGAGGUAGAGAUCGGUGGGAAUGAAGUUUGGGAUAUUGGCGUUUGCUAUCCCACCAUAGAUAGAGGACCUGAUGGUGAUUUUAGAAAAAAUAACAAGUCGUGGUGUAUAGCUCUGUCUGAUGAUGAACUUGCAGCUGUGCACAACUCUGACUUUGAGUCUUUGAACCAUGAGUCUCCGUUGCAGAAAGUAGGAGUGUAUUUGGACUAUGAAGGUGGCCGUCUGUCCUUCUACCAGUUGAGUGAUCCCAUCAGACACCUCCACACCUUCACCACCACCUUCACCGAACCCCUCCAUGCUGCUUUCUAUCUAGAUGAAAAUGGCUGGGUGAAGCUCUUAAGUUAA